AUGCCCACGCCGGCCCCGCCUGCCUAUGAGAAGGGAGAAGAAAGUCGUGAUGCCAUCCGUGCCAUGGUUGAGAGAGAUCUCCUCGACAGCCGAUAUAGCCAAACGCAGCGCGGUCUCAAGUCAAGACAUGUCCAGAUGAUGGCUCUUGGUGGAACCAUUGGUACAGGUCUCUUCGUCGGCAGUGGUCAAGCUCUUGCAAUCGGUGGCCCGGCCUUUUUGCUGGGCGCCUACAUCUUUAUUGGUACUCUGGUCCUUAUGGUUGUCACUGCGAUCGCCGAAAUUGGAACUUACCUCCCCGUUCACGGCGGCACGAUGAGCUACUACGGAUAUCGUUAUGUAUCGAGAAGUUUGGGUUUUGCUCUCGGAUAUUUGUAUUGGUACUCCAUGGGAAUUUUGGUCCCGAAUGAGGUCGUUGCCGGCGCGUUGAUCAUAGGUUACUGGGAUAACAAUGUCCAUAUCGCCGUUUGGAUUACUAUCCUGAUAGUGGUCAUUCUGGUUCUCAACGUUCUUCCCGUUAAAUGGUACGGUGAAUCGGAGUUCUGGUUCGCUAGCAUCAAGGUCAUCAUGCUCCUAGGUUUACUCAUCCUGGCGUUUAUUCUAUUCUGGGGCGGUGGUCCGCACCGUCAACGGCUGGGCUUUCAUUAUUGGAAAAUGCCGGGGGCGGCGAAUGAAUAUAUUGUGGGCGGGCACGCGGGCCGUUUUGUUGCUCUCCUGCAAUGCGUCGUUCUUAGCGCCUUUGCGUUCCUUUUCGCACCUGAAUUGAUCAUCCAGACCGCUGGUGAAAUGCAAUCCCCACGGUACAACAUUCCCCGCGCCUCGCGACGAUUCUUUUACCGGCUUUUUUUCUUCUACAUUCUAGGCUCCCUUGCCAUUGGCGUCAUCUGUCCAUCGAGUGAAUCUGCUUUAACAAACGGCGGAGCGGGUGCCGGUUCCUCGCCGUUCGUCGUCGGCAUCAAACUCGCCGGAAUCCCCGUUCUUGACAGUAUCGUCAACGCUGUCAUCCUCACUUCGGCAUGGAGUUCAGGAAACUCUUACCUCUACAUGUCUUCUCGCGCAUUGUACUCUCUCGCCGUCUCUGGUAACGCCCCAAGCAUCUUCAAAUCUUGCAACAGAUACGGUCUCCCCCACUAUGCAUUGAUUGCCAGCGCGUGCUUCUCCGCCCUGUCAUACCUCGCCGUUGGAAGCGGUAGCUCCCAAGUCUUCAACUGGUUCGUCAGUCUCACCAACACCUCCGGUUUCAUUUCCUGGACCUGCUGCUGCAUCAUCUAUUUCCGCUUCCGCAAGGCCACCGACACUCAGGGCGUCGAACGCCCCUACAAAUCCAUGUUCCAACCAUACGGCGCAUACGUUGGUAUGGUCGGGUUCCCAUUCCUCAUCCUCAUCAACGGCUUCCAGGUGUUCUUCAAGCAGAAAUGGUCGGUGGCCGGCUUCUUCACUGCAUACAUUGGCCUUCCGGCGUUUUUGAUUUUGUACUUUGGACACAGAUUCUUUUACCGGCAUGAUCCUUGGGCCUGGAAGCCAGAAGAUGUCGAUUUGGUAACGGGUUUGGAGGAGACUCUUGCGGCGGAGGAGCCUCCCAAGAUUCGCACGGGUGUGAUCAGAUUUAUCAGUCCGAUUUGGGAGUAA